UUAUUGUUGAACGAUAUUUGUUACCUUUAAGGCUUUAACACACUACUAGCCAGUUUGGCUAAGUUUCUAAAAUCAGCUUGUUUUAAAAAGUGCUUUUCAAAAAAGUACUUCUGAUGAGAAAUAGUUUGUAUUUGGGCCAAUUAAUUUAAAAAUCACUUUUGCGUUUUUAAGUGUAUUUUCUCAAAAGUAUUUUUCAGAAAAAGUGCUUUUGGGGGAAAACUACUUUUUUUUUUUAGCUUCUGCUUCUCUUCAGAAGCACUUAUCUUCUCCCAAAAGCUUGGUCGAACACCUCACUUUUUAAAAAUAAGCACUUUUUAGAAUAAAAUAAACACUUUUGGCCUCCCAAAAACUUGGCCAAACAGGCUAUACAAUUACUGGUGAACUAUCGUUCUCUCUGUUGUUACAUUUAUCGGUCUCCCUGUUGAAUCACACGCUAUUUAUCUUUCUUCACGAAAGAAAAAAGAACAUGACAACUAUUAAAGUUUUAUUGAACAUUUCCUUGUUUGUCUCUCUUGGCUAUUAGCCAAGACAUGGGCCUUUUGGUUGAUUCUGUUUGCUUGACUCGGAAUUGAGGCACACGGGACGGGCUUGACGGGGAAGCCUUGAGUUUUUUGGAAUCCUGUGCCGCGUGCCAAAAGUUUUUCGAAUCAGUGAUCUGAAACGGUUCGUAGACGGCCCAGCAUACCUUAAGUUUAAGAAGAAGGAUUUUAGGCAUGGCUCCAGCAAAAAAAUCUAGAAGUGUAAAUAAGCGCUUUUCUCGUACAACUGAAAUCUCUCCCAGUAAAGAUGGCAAUGGGGACAAUUUGAAGAAAAGCUUGCAACGGAAGAGGAAGUUGUCUGACAUGCUAGGUCCUGAGUGGAGUGAGGAGGACCUGACACGCUUCUAUAAAGCAUACCGCAAGUAUGGUAAAGAUUGGAAAAAGGUUGCUGCUGCAGUGAAACCCCGAACUGCAGAGAUGGUGGAAGCUCUUUACACGAUGAAUAGGGCUUAUUUAUCUCUUCCAGAGGGGACUGCAUCUGUUGUUGGGCUGAUUGCCAUGAUGACUGAUCACUACUGCAACUUGGCAGCAAGCGACAGUGAGCAAGAAAGUAAUGAGGAUGCUGGAACGUCUAGAAAACCUCAAAAACGUGCACGUGUUAAGAUUCAGCCUGAUGUUUCUAAAACAUCUGAGGCGGCAUCUCCAACGUUAGCAGCUACUCAUGGAUGUUUAACUUUGUUGAAGAAGAAACGUUCAGGAGGAAGCCGGCCUCGUGCUGUUGGAAAAAGAACCCCACGCUUUCCUGUUUCUUUUUCUUAUGAAAAUCCCAUGGGCAAGAAGUAUUUUUCUCCAAGUAGGCGGAGUUUGAAACCACAGGCAGAUGACACUGAUGAUGAUAUGAAGAUAGCAUUAGUAUUAACAGAAGCUUCACAAAGAGGUGGUUCUCCUCAGGUCUCUAGGACACUAAACCGUUGGGAGGACAGUGCUUUGUCCUCACCUAAUGAGACUGCUGAAAGAAAGCGUAUUAAAAUGGGUACGGGCAAUGGAAAGCUUCUUAGUAAUGAAGUGGACGAAGAAGAGGGAAGCAUGGAAGCAGACACUGGAGAGCUGUUGAGGUAUAAAAAUGAUUUGGCGGACACAGGAACAAUUAGUCGAACAGCACAGAAGGGAAGAAGGCGUUACGGUGAAAAGUUGGAAGUUGAUGAUAGUGGUAACAACCAUUUUGAUGAUAUCAAAGAGGCAUGUAGUGGUACAGAAGGAGGUCAAAGAUUGGGUGCGGUGAGGGGUAAACUUGAAAUGGAGGCCACAGAUGAAAAGAAUUCAAGGACCUUUUUACAAGGCUUUAGAAAGAGGAGCAAAAAGGUGCUUUUGAGGAGAGACGAAGACUCCCCUUUUGAUGCUCUGCAAACUUUGGCUGAUUUGUCGCUAAUGAUGCCAACAACAGAAAAUGAAGAUGGUAAUUAUAACUUCUGCUUGAUAGAUCUUCAUUGGUACUUUUAUUCGGUAAAUCACACGCUUCAGUUGCGCUUAAGUCCAAUAGACUUUGGCAUUUUUGUUUUUUGCGUUUUUCACAAAACCUUAGGUCCCCUUGUAAACAGCUUGGGUACUUGGUUCAUAACAUGUGUGUAUGAAUCGGACUUUGACUGCAUGCCUCUAAAUCCAUCUGAAAACAUGCCCACAUCACUUAAAAGGCAUGCAGAUGCUGUUGAUAAGUUUUUUGAGAGUUUCAAUGAGCUCAAGGUGAAUGUACGAGCAAAUGAGAUUUUGAAAUUUCCGGCUGGUGACAACAUGGAGAAUGGAGAUGUUUUCUCUCAUUUCUCCGCACCAACUCAUCCCAUCAGUAAUCUGCUAAAGCAGACAAAGGUGGCUUCAGCAGAAGCUGAUAUGCAAUGUAAAUCUGGAGUCCCGGAAACCGCCACAUACCAACAGAAAGCAUAUUUAAAGUCUUCUGUUGCUGCUCAAAUUCAAGCAAAGGAAGCUGAUGUUCAAGCUCUUGUUGAGUUGACUCGUGCACUAGAUAAAAAGGAUGCAGUGGUUUCAGAGUUGAGGCGCAUGAAUGAUGAUGUGUUGGAAAAUCAAAAGAGCAAUGGCUGUUUUCUUAAAGACCCAGAGCCUUUCCAGAAGCAAUAUGCUGCUGUGCUAAUACAGUUAAAUGAAGUCAAUGAGCAGGUUUCUUCUGCCCUGUAUCGCUUGAGGCAGCGGAAUACCUAUCAGGGAGGCAUUCCACUUGCAUGGCCAAGGCCAGUUACAAAUUUUGUUGAUCCUAGUGUGUUGUGCACUUUUGAUCGUGGUACAAGUCAGCCUCAGGAAUCAGUUGUCAACGAGAUAAUAGAAAGUUCAAAAAUCAAAUCUCGGACUAUGGUAGAUGCAGCCGUGCAGGCGAUGCUUUCGCUUAGUGGUAGAGAAAAAACCAUUGAGAAGAUUGAGGAGGCUAUUGAUUAUGUGAAUGAUUGGAUUCCGCUAGAUGACUCUUGCAUGCCCACUGCACCUGAUCCUAAGUCAAAGAAUAUGUCGGAUAGAAAUGAAGCAGAAAUUCCUUCCGAACUUAUCACUAAAUGUGUUGCGACUUUGCUUAUGAUUCAGAAGUGUACGGAGCGACAGUUUCCACCCGCUGAUGUGGCGAAAGUGCUUGAUUCUGCUCUAGCAAGCUUGCAACCCUGUUGCUCGCAGAACUUUCCAGUCUAUGGUGAAAUACAGAAGUGUAUGGGAAUCAUCAGAAACCAAAUUCUGGCAUUAGUACCAACUUAGACCAUGUAUUAUCAGCAGUCUUUUAACCUCUUGUAAAUUUACUAUGCAGAUAACUAACCUUAUUCAUAGUUCAGCUCUCAGAUCAAUGCAAACUCAAUUUGCUUUGUGAAAAGUGAAAAUUAGUUUUGUUCUAUAUGUGUUUCCAAACUCAGCAGAAUUCCAACUAAGCUGCCAUGAAAAUGCAAGAAAUCUAUGAAAUCAACAGAUUUUGAA